GCCCUUCCCAACAUGGCUUCCUCGGCCUCAAGGGAUGCAGAGUUGCGACCUUCCUAGCAUGGCAGCACACCCGGACCGCGCGUGCGCCGUUUGAGUCACGGGGGCUCCCUUCCCAAAAUGGCGUCCCGAAGUCUCCCACGAGCGCUAAUUGGGCCCGCCUCUUUUGAGUUCGGCUUCCGCCCGUGCGGGAAACCCCGGAGCGGAUAUAGUGCCCUCUCUUUCCGGUCUGACUCCUUUUCGGCCGUAGCUGCCUCCACGCGAACAUGCCUCUGGCAAAGGAUCUCCUGCAUCCCUCCCCCGAGGAGGAGAAGAGGAAGCAUAAGAAGAAGCGUUUGGUUCAGAGCCCCAACUCUUACUUCAUGGAUGUGAAAUGUCCAGGUUGCUACAAAAUCACCACUGUGUUCAGUCACGCUCAGACGGUGGUUCUCUGUGUCGGCUGCUCAACUGUCCUGUGCCAGCCCACUGGAGGGAAGGCGAGGUUGACAGAAGGAUGCUCCUUCAGGCGAAAGCAGCAUUAGAUUUCAGCAGCUGGUUGUCCCGGAUGGGUGGGGCUACGCGCACAGUUGCCGGCUCGAGGGCCGAAGGCUCAAGAAUGCCAUUCAGGGGAUGCGAGAAACGCAGGCUGCAGCUGGGUAGCCCCUGAGGCUUCAGCCGCUCGCGAUGGCAUACGAGGAGGAAACGCGCACUGUCCUUGUAGCCUCACCCAUUUGACUCAAUAAAUUUUGGAUAAAAACUCA